UUUUACGCUUUAAAUCAUAAUGAUGAAAAUAGUGGGGCUUAUGCUCUUGAUUGGCCUUGCAAAUGUGGCGAGUUCAGAGAGUAAUCAACCUCAGUGCAUACACAAAGAGAAAGAGGCUCUCCUCAGCUUUAAGCAAACUCUAAAUGACUCUAACCAUGUUCUCUCCUCUUGGACCGAUAACAGCACAAGUCAAAACUGUUGUGCUUGGAGUUACAUCACUUGUGACAACCAGACCAAUCAUGUCGUCGCUAUUGAUCUUUCUUAUCAAAGUCUAAACGGAAUCGGUGGCCAUGGUGAGUUUGGGUCGUCUUUGGCUGAACUGAAGCAUUUGAACCACUUGCAGCUCGUUGGCAUGAACAUUAUUCGGAUUCCAAAGUUUGUUUUCUCUUUAAAAGAGCUUACGUAUCUCGAUCUUAGCGACAAUCCAAUCAGUGGACUUAUUCCACCACACUUUGGAAAUCUCACCAAAUUGGAGUUUCUUAGUCUUUCAAGCACUUCUAAAAUGACUGUUGAUAAUCUUGAAUGGCUCUCCCAACUCACUUCUUUGAGGACCUUUCACCUAUCAAAUUGUCUAUUUCCCAAGGUAGAUACUUCCUCUCUUUCCCAUACAAAUUAUUCCUUCAAAUUUCUUGAAUCACUUCAUCUCAUUGGGAAUUAUAUACAUCCUACAACAAUUACUUGGUUAUUAAAUUCCAGUUUUCUUCUUAAUGAUCUUUCCCUGGUAUAUAACAUCAUAAAUGGUCCUUUUCCAAAUUCCUUUAAACACGCAAAAUCUCUUGAAAAUGUUGAUUUGUCAGGGAACCAAAUUGAAAGUGAAGUGCCAAGAUCCUUAGGCAACCUUACCAAAUUAAAAUCCUUGGAUUUGUCUCAUAACAAUCUUAGUGGAACAUUUCAUGAUCUUCUAGAAAACUUGGCAGGUUCCACCAAGAAUUCUUUGGAGAGAUUAGACUUGAGUUUUAACCAACUUGGUGAGUUAAAUCUUGAGGACUUUGAAAACACAUUCCCAUCUUUGAUAUAUUUAUAUCUUGAUAAUAAUCAGUUGGAGGGUUCUUUCCCUAACCGUUUAAAGAUAUUUCCUAGUCUUCAAAUGUUGAGUUUGGAUAACAACAAAAUCACAGGGCUACUGCCUGAUCUUUCAUCAAUGCCAAAUUUGACAUAUGUCACUGUAUCCAACAAUAAGUUGGAUGGUACUUCGAGUGAAAGUAUUGGCAAGCUUAAUUAUCUUGAAACUUUAAACAUUUCUUCCAACUCUCUUUCUGGGAUUAUCUCUGAAGUGAACCUACAGUGUCCCAAAUUAAAAACUCUAGAUUUAUCAUAUAAUCCAGCUAUGAGAUUGAAAUUCAACUCCAAUUGGGUACCUUCAUUUCAGCUUACUUUCUUUGGAAUGAAUUCUUGCAAGUUAGGUCCCUAUUUUCCUAGUUGGCUCCAAACUCAAACACAUGUCUCCUAUCUAGACAUUUCCAACUCUAAUAUUUCAGGUCCUGUUCCUUCUUGGUUCACAAAUAUUACUUCCAACUUGAAUUAUUUAAAUAUGUCCAUAAAUCUACUUAAUAGCACCUUGCCAAAUAUUCCAUCAAUAGAACACUUUAGAGUGUUGAAAAAUUCUCCAUAUUUACACGAUGGCAAUAAUUCGUAUGUGAGAUCCUCUUCAUCAAAUUAUAGUGGGAAAAUAGGUAAUUUUAUAGUUGACUUAAGUUUCAACAAAUUCCAAGGUUCUGUCCCACCUUCUUUGUCAUCUACAGCAACUGAAUUGUAUCUCUCCAAUAAUAAAUUCACCGACUUGCAGUCUUUUCUAUGUGAAUCAAAAGAUGAGUACAGGCGAAUAGUAAUUAUUGAUCUUUCUCAUAAUAAAUUAUCUGGAAAUAUUUCAGAUUGCUGGGAUAGUUUCCACCAUUUGUAUAUUCUAAAUUUAGAAUACAAUAAGUUGUUUGGAGAGAUUCCGAGCUCAAUUCAAACGAAUACCAUUGAAACUCUACAAUUAGGACACAAUAACUUCUCAGGAAGUUUGCCUUCCUCAUUGGAAAAUUGCACUUCACUUCGAGUUCUAGAUUUGCCGAGUAAUAGUUUGGAAGGACCAAUACCAUCAUGGAUUGGAGAGAAACUAAACAAGUUGGUUUUUCUUAGUUUGAAGUCAAAUAAAUUUAAUGGAAGUAUACCAUUGAAUCUUUGUCAUCUUACUCAAAUCCAAAUAUUGGAUUUUUCCUUGAAUGAUUUAUCAGGAGCCAUUCCUCAUUGCAUUAAAAAUUUCACUGCAAUGGCUCAAGCGGAUAAAUAUUUGAAUUCUACCCUUACUUCAGACAUCGACUAUGGCAGAGGAACUUUUGGGUUGGAUGUUGUGUCAUACCAUGACAAUAUUUUGUAUAUGAAUUAUGCAACAGUCACUUGGAAAGGAGUAGAGCACAGAUAUGAUAAGUUGUUGGGAUUGCUGAGAAUUAUUGACUUAUCAAGUAACAAAUUGAAUGGAGAGAUUCCUGCUGAAUUGACUGAUCUUUCUCAAUUGGUUCAACUGUAUCUAUCAAGGAAUAAUUUACGUGGGGGGAUUCCAAUAAAUAUUGGAAAAUUGACUAAGCUACUAGUGCUUGAUUUGUCCCACAACAAAAUACAUGGCAAAAUUCCCAUAAGCUUGGCUGAAAUAGAUUUCUUGAGUUACAUGGAUUUGUCGGACAAUAGGCUGUCAGGAAAAAUCCCUACUGGUACUCAGCUACAAAGCUUUGAUCCUUCCGUAUAUGCAAUGAAUCUUGGGCUGUGUGGGCUUCCUCUGUCAAAGACAUGCCAACGAGAUGACAAUGAUGAAGGAGAUGAUUAUGACGAAGAUGGUGGAGAAUUAUGGAUUGACUUGCCAUGGUUUUACAUGGGAAUUGGAGUUGGAUUCGCUAUUGGAUUUUGUGGCGUUUGUGGGAACCUAUUGAUAAACACUUCAUGGAGAAUGUCCUAUUAUCGGAUGAUGCAUAGAUUUGGGGACUUGCUUUAUGUGAUGAUCAUUGUAAAGUGGAAUUUGUUGAAGAGAAAACUAGCUCGGCACUAACUAAGAGGACAUAAUCAACAAGCACACAUCUCUCUUUGUGAAGGCAAGUAAGUGAUUUUUUUGUUCAUAUUUCAUUUUUUUGGAAUGAUCAUAUAUAAUAAGUAAUAGUAUUUAUGAUCAAAUUUGAUGUGGUCUAUGGUUUUGUUGCAAGGGACAGUAACACCAGAACACAAAUUUGGAUGGAAUCUACAAAACGACAUCGUCCAUAGGUCUUCUGUCUAUCUAUCUGAUCUUCACUCAGCUGUGUUGGAUAACCAUAUAUAUAAGUUGUUGUUGUUUACUUUGUCAUUACUAUUUGUUUGUAGUUGUUAUUUUUGAGCCUCUGUUUGUGAGACACCAUAUUAUACUAUUGUUUCUCUAUUUUAGUUUCUGUAUAUAUAUAUAUUCAAAUUUCUGUGUUUGUUCUAUUA